AUGUCCACUUUCAGAGGCGUCAUAGCUGAAUUUCCCCACAUCAGGAUAGAUUAUUUCCGUCAGCAACCGGAGCACAAAGCGCCGUUAGCAUGCUUCUUGAGUCAUGUACACUCUGAUCAUUUGGCCGGCCUCGAGUCGUUACGCGCUCCGUUUGUGUACUGUUCAGCUGCGACUAAGGAGAUACUGCUGCGACUAGAGAGAUUUUACUAUCGUAUCAACUUUGCUAAGGGUAUCCUUGAGAGUAGCAAUGUCACUUACGACAGAAGCAUGCGCAAACUGGCUAAGGCGCUCCCUCUUGACACACCAACCUUGAUUGAAUUAGCGCCAGGAAACAGUAUCAGGGUAACUCUUAUCGAUGCGAACCAUUGCGUCGGUGCCGUCAUGUUUCUGAUCGAGGGCAAUGGUAAAGCAAUACUGUACACCGGCGAUAUCCGUGCGGAGGAAUGGUGGGUAAACUCAAUAGUACAAAACCCAGUACUAUUGCCAUAUUCACUCGGAAACCGAGAGCUCGAUUGCAUGUAUUUGGACACGACUUUCGCUACGAAAAAGGAGCCCUAUCGACAAUUUCCGAGUAAAGCACAAGGCAUACAAGAGCUGCUGGACAAGGUGGGUGAGUAUCCGCGCGAUACAAUCUUUUACUUCCAUUCUUGGACGUUUGGGUAUGAGAACGUAUGGAUAGCGCUCUCUGCAUUCCUACACUCGCGCAUACACCUUGACGAGUAUCGAGCGCGUGUAUACGGUUCAUUGUCUACGCUAAAUAAGCGGCAAUUGCGAGAAGCAGGCCUCGAUGUCCCAGCAAGUAACAAGCCGCUUCAAGAAUCUGGACUGGAGAUCCGCGAGGCUCCUGCUUUAUGCGGUUUUAGGAAUGGAAAUCACAUACAACCGGGUUGUCUGACGUCUCAGGAGGACGUCCGCAUUCAUAGUUGUGAGCGUGGCAUGGGUUGUUCUGUCCUGGACCGCGAUUCGAACGCAGAGAUCAUACACAUCAUCCCCAUCGUUACGCGCACCGACGGAGUGGAUAUCGCCGAACUAGGCGCUGGAGGUGGCAAGGGCGAUCUCGAUCAGAAAGAAGAGCUAGAGUCUGGUGGAGUGGGCGGCAUGGACAAGUUAUUGGAGCUCUGUGCUGCAUCCAUAGACGAUGAGCGUUUGCUCGCGAAAGUAGUUGCGUUGGUACGGCGUACUCUCAUCGAAGAUGGCAAACUCGACCUCGACAUGCAGCUUCAAAAGCACAUUCAUGACACGCAAGACGACGUACUCCGGAAUGGAACUGCCGUCUAA